AUCAAAGAUUACUUGAACAGAAGUCGAUAAUUGGUUGUACGUUUCUAGAUCCCCAUUACUGUCAGACAACGAGAAAUGCUCAAGGGGAAUAUUGAAACGAGCUAAUUGUAUUCCAAUGUUGAGAAACACAAAGGCUGAGCGAUUUGAGUAAUAUGUGCUACGAUCGAACAUGGAUAUAUGUAAGUGUUUCUAAUUAAAAGGCAGUUUAAAACAAGGUUGUGAAUUCAAAAUACUAAGUGAAUUAUUUACCAGUCAAUGAUUGUCGAUAAAUUAAAUUCUAGAGGUGUAUUGGAAAUAUAAAUAACAAUGGCGGCUACUCAAACAGCACUACUGCAUUUAUGUGCUUUUCAUGUGUUAGUCUUACUGGCAGUUGUAAUCGCACAGCAAAAACCUGAGCAUGGAAAAUGUGAACCGAUUUCGAUACCUCUGUGUAAAGACAUCGCUUAUAAUCAGACUAUCAUGCCGAAUCUACUACAACAUCAAAAACAAGACGAUGCCGGUUUAGAAGUUCAUCAGUUCUUUCCAUUAGUAAAAGUCAAGUGUAGUCCACAUUUGAAGUUUUUCUUGUGUACAAUGUAUGUACCAGUAUGUACUGUUCUAGAGGAAGCCAUUCCUCCAUGUCGGUCACUAUGUAAUCAAGCUAGGAAUGGAUGUGAAAGUUUAAUGAACAAAUUUGGAUUUUACUGGCCAGAAAGCUUGCAGUGUGAUCAAUUUCCUCCAGAUGGUCUUUGUGUAGGAGAAAAUAAUACUGAACCCUUACCUAGUGGCACUACUUUGAAACCUGGAAGCGGAGGAGGAAACGAUUUUGGAGGAUACUACCCUUGGAACCCAAACCCUGGAAGAGAACAAAUUAAUCCAGGAGUAAUACUCAAUAACUCAAGUUUUCCAAAUAAUCAUUUCAAAGCAUCGUUUCAAUGCCUCAGUACUUAUGAAGUGAAAGCUGGUCACGAUUAUCGUUUAAAAAUCGGGAAUCAUUUUAUACAAGAUUGUGGUGCUCCAUGCAAGGAUAUGUUUUUUAGUGACGAUCAAAGACAAACCGCAUCACUAUGGAUAGGUGUGUGGUCAUGUAUCUGUUUAGGAUCCACACUUUUCACUGUCAUGACAUUUCUCAUUGAUAUGACAAGAUUUCGUUAUCCAGAAAGACCGAUUAUAUUCCUUUCUGGAUGUUAUUUCAUGGUUGCGUUAUCUUACGUUGUUGGAUUUGCAUUAAAAGAGACUGAUGUUGAGUGCACUAAAUUUCGUGAUGGUGCCGAUUCUGAUUUAUUAUUCAUUACGCAAGGAACUAAAAAAGAAGGAUGUACAGUAUUAUUCAUGGCUAUCUAUUUCUUUAGCAUGGCUAGUUCUAUCUGGUGGGUCAUCUUGACCCUCACAUGGUUUCUUGCUGCAGGAAUGAAAUGGGGUCAUGAGGCCAUAGAAGCAAACUCUCAGUAUUUUCAUCUAGCUGCCUGGGCCGUACCAGCGAUCAAAACAAUUGCCAUUCUAGCCAUGGGACAAGUUGAUGGAGAUGUUUUAAGUGGAGUGUGCUUUACUGGAAUUUCCGAUGUGGAUGCUUUACGUGGAUUUGUACUCGCACCUCUAGUUCUGUAUCUGGUUAUUGGAACCUCAUUCUUACUAGCUGGAUUUAUCUCCCUUUUUAAAAUUAGAACAAUUAUGAAAAACGAUGGCACUAAAACAGACAAGUUAGAAAAGUUAAUGGUGCGUAUUGGAAUAUUUUCAGUACUUUAUACCGUACCAGCUACAAUUGUUAUCGCAUGUUACUUUUACGAACAAUCAUUCAGAGACGAGUGGAUGAACAACUGGUGCUGGAAAGAAUUUACGACAAAAGGAAAAAUUAUUUGCCCUCCUGGGCCAAAAGAAGCUACGCCAGAAUUCAAUGUAUUCAUGAUUAAAUAUUUGAUGACUGUUAUUGUGGGUAUUACCUCUGGAGGUUGGAUAUGGACAGGUAAAACACUCGGAUCAUGGCGGGGCUUUUAUAGAGGGUUGUGUACAGUUUUUUGUGGAGCUCCUAAAAAUGAAAGCGUUGUAUGAGAAAGUAUAAUGUAAUAAUGAACUUAAGCAUGUAUAUUUCAUAGUUUCAGUGACCUAAUUCAUUAGCUCAGCUUCACCUUUUCUCCCAUAUUUUUAUAUGUAGAAUGAAAGAAAUUUUGCAAUUGGAAUGAACAAAAAUCAUGAAUUAAAUUUUUUUUAUGUAAAAUUUAUUCUUCAAAAAUUGAUUUAACUUUUAACAUGUACACAACCAUGUUUUUUAUGGGUUUACAAUUGAUUUCUCCAUCAUUGUUUUAACACUGCCAUCAAAUUUCAUAUGAAGAUACAUUUUUAUACAGCAUUAGUCAUAGAUAGGGGUCAUCAUUUACAUUUAUUAGAAGAGGUCAUUGAAACUGUGAAAUAUUUGCAUCUUUGAAUUAUAAAGACAUAUUUAUUUGCAAUAACAUUUUGACAUUUUAACAUUAUUUUUGUUUUAUGAUUGUUUUUAUUUUGUUGCUGUUAGUACCUUCUAACUUUUACAAUAAAUAGUGUAUAUUAUAUAUUGUAGAUAUUUUUUAAUCGAUUUUACAAUGAUCUAUCAUCAUGAUAGUAUAUAGUCACAAGUCAGACAUGAGUCAAACCAUUUUCUAUUAAAGGGAAGUCAUUUUAUAAAUGAUGAGGUUUUGUACAAGUAUGUACAAUUUAGAUAUUUAAUACAUGUUCAUGUUCAUGUUAUUUCUAGAUGUACAAGUGUAAAUUUCAUCCUACAAGUUUGUGUCGCUGAUUUCUGUAAAGCAAUUGAUAUUUCAUCAACCCCUCUUAUUGGCAGAAUAAGAAACCUGACCAUUUAUUCAUUCAUUCACGAAGUCAUUUUAGGUCUUGUUGUUCUUGAUGUAUUUGAAAACAAAAUUUGUUUAACUUCUCUUAGGUCAGUUUUAGGUGGUCCUUGGUAAUAAUCUGCUGUGCUUAUAUAAUACUUUUAUUCAUAUUGCAAAAUAUCAUAAUUGUCAAAUUUUGGUGGUCAUAUUUUAACCUUUAAUUUGGACAUUCAUUUUCAAAAACUCAUGUACAUGUAUGAAAUUGUUUCUGGUGCUUUCUUUGUUUUUCUUGGGUUUAGGUUUAAAUUUGGUGUCUCAUUUCUGAAGAUUUACAUGAAACUACUUUGAUUUGAUUUGUUAAAAUAUUUCCCUAUUAAAGUGUUACAGAUGAAUAUUGCUCUAGGGAAAUCAGUUACACAAAUUUGUAUAAAACCAACAUCAGACCAGUUAUAUACAUAAAUAUUGAACCACACAGAUAAUAACUUAAACUAAACUUGGUUCCUUAAAAUCUACUGCUCUUCCUGAAAAAUCCAAUACAUUAAAGAAAUACAUGUACCAUUUAAAUGAAAAAUACCCCACAUAAUUUAGAUUCCAGAAAACCAUCAAUAAAAUGUCAUUGAUGUAGAAUGUACCAAAGUGAAUGUAUACAUGUACAUGUAUAUUUAACCAUUUGGAUAAUAAAUACAUGCAUUUGAUAAUUAUUAGCCAUGUCACAUUAUUGUACAAUGCUAGAGUUCUUGUUAUUUAAUCAGAAUGUGUAUUAGCAAGCAGAUGACUCAUUUAAACACACUGUCAAUAAAAUCAAUGCCUAUGAGUAAACAGUGAAUCUAAAUUAACAUCCAGGCAGUCACUUUUCUUCAAAAAUUAGACUGGGACAACCAUUUGAUAUUUCUGUUGAGAGGGGUGUUUUUUUUUGCGGACAGACUAUUUUGGGGGGUUGAUAUAUUUUCUAUUGCAAAUUUCAUUUACAAUGUGCAUACAUUACACAUCUCAUCUUCUUUAAGUUACAAAUUCAUAUUGUACAAUUGUACCAUGUACACUGUACACAUUCAGGUACAUUGUGUGUAAAGUUAAUACAUUAAAUUUCCAUGUUUACUCUUUGUAGAAGAUACAUGUAACUUUAUUGCAAUUUAAUGUGAAUUUUAUGAUAGGCAAGUUUUACAUGUCAGUCAUAAAUUUGCACUAGACUCUCAAAAGUUUAAAAUCCUGGCAUUUUUCCAUUUUGUUAUUUCAUACAGUUAUUCAGUCACCUGGAAAAUUAGUUAUGGUACAAAAAAUUUACAUUCAAAUGUAGCUUCUAUUAUUGCCAUUCAUACCACUCGCUCAGUUUGGAAUAAAUUAAGUUUAAAUAAAAUAAAUUGACUUGAAUAUAAACCUUAACUUGACCACACAUUAGCUAUAGAGGUUUAUCAAAAUAAACUAUUUUCAUACAAGUUAUAUUUUAACAUUUAAUUGGUCAGUAAAUUUAUCGUACAUGCAUCAAGCUUCAUUGUACACGAAUUACAAAAUGCAAAAGUAACACUGUACUUACAUGUAUAAUUAGUAUUAGGGUGAUUUGUGUACUUAAUUGUUCUCCAUUUUGUUAAUGCUUCUAAAACAUUUUGUUUUAUUAUUUUUGGAAAAAUACUGUACUUAGUUACCUUGUGGAAAAUUCGAAAUGUCUACCUUUUAAAGCUGAUUUCUUCAUUGGUAAAUGUGGUAAAAGCCUAUUUUAUUUUUUCCUCUAGAAAUUUGAAUUUUUUGUUUGUUGCUUUAAAGGUGUUAGCUUGCUAGUAUCAUGAAUUGAAAAUGUCAUAUUUCUCGUCAGGGGAGAUAAUUUUUCAAUGUCAUCUAUUUGUGGUGCCAAAAAAAUAAAGAAACAUAUCAUUCAGUGUUGGAUGUGACUUUUUUUGUGUAAAUUUUAGGAUAAAUUUGUUAUAAACCAAGUAGUGUAAAUAUGCUGUAUGCUUGAAUUAAACCAUGAAAAAGUCAAUAUAUAUAUGAUUAAUCGAUACAAACAUUAAACAUAUAGUGGAUCUUUUCAUUUUAAUUGAAACUUUUAAGUGUUAGAAUUGCAUAGCCAGUGUGAUAAGAAAGCACAUGCCUGUUUGUCAUGUAAAUAGUUCUUAAUAUUGUAUAGAAUUUUUGUAAAUGUAUGUAUAGAAAAAACAUGUACAGAGCUUUGAAUGUGCAGCAUGUGUGUUUGCAUUGCAAUCUUCAUGAAUAUUCAUGAACUGGUUCAUGUUAAAUGGGAAAAUAAGUGAAGUUUGUAUGAGAAUUGAUGGUUGUAAGAUUACUUACUGUGUACAAAACUUGGAAUGAAUGUGUUAAGAGUGGCGAAAGAAUUAAUGGUUGUUUUAAAAAACUGGGGUUAAAAAACCUCAAUGAUCAAGUUCUUAUUUACAUGACAUAUAUUAUAGCAAGGAAAAUGCCUUUUUAAGCAUUUUAUUAUUCCUUUUUCUUUUAUUUAGACUAAUUAUUAUUUUACAUUUUCUUAUUUGGUUAGUGAUCAAAGAAACAUUGGGCUACUUUAUUAUGCAAAUUAUUUAUUUUGCAUAUUUUAUAUAUUACUGGUUAACUUUUAUAUUCUUUUAGGUCAAAUUGUAUGAUGUUCAGGUAUUAAACAACAUGGUUUUUUGUGAAAUGUUGAAUUUUAAUACCAUACAUGUAUGUGCAUAUUAUUAAAUGUUUUGUUGGAAAAAUAACACAAAUUUACAGAUUUUAAUUCUGAAAGUUUUUUUAUACAUUUGUACAUGUACAUGUACACAAUGUAUCUAACAGCUAAAUGUAUAAUUGAACAUGUCUAAUGAUGAACAAAAACCUUUUUGAUAUAAUUUUAGUUGUCAAUUAUAUUGCUUUAAGAAUACAAAUGUAGAAAUAAUAAGCACAGUGCCAUAUCAACAUUUAUUUUGAUAUUUUUCCUUAGUGGGCAAACCUCUCCAAUAACCUUAGUGAAGUUUAAAUAUUUCUUUUCUAGUUUUAUUUCACAUAUAUUGUUAAUAGGGGAAAUUUUUAUGUACCUUUUUUUUUUUAUAAAUUUAGUUCUUUUUUUAAUUGAAUAAUUAGCUGUUGAUCAGGAGAAAUGGAUAAAACCGCAUUCAAAAUUUACAUUAUAUUUUAAUUGUUUUAAUUUCUUAAUUUACAACAAAAUGCAUGCGAAGAAUAAGUUGUAACUUAAACAGUCAUAUGGAUGACAGUUUACAGAAUUUUUGUUACCAUUUAAUUUUUAUUGUAAGUAUAGGUUGUUCUUUAUGAUCAGUUUAAAGAUGGUUGUAACAAAAUGUCAAUUGGAUUGGAAUACUUAUCUUAUUUCCAUGCUUUGCAUAUAAAAUGUACAAGGAUCUUAGAAUUUCCAAUUUCCUUCUGCUCUGGUAAUUUUAAGAUUAGCCAAAGAAAUUUCAGGCUCCAAAUAUAUGAAGUUGUGUGUAUAAUCUCAAAAAACCUCUGUGGUACUGAUAGUAAAAAAGUUUUUUUUUUUCUAAACUCCAAUUUAAGGUUAAUUAAAAAAAAAAAAAUUCAAUAUACAUAAAUUUGUAAACAGACAAAGUUAAACAUUAGGAACAAACAAUAUAAAAUUGGGUGUUGUAAGAUUCUUAUAUAAAGCGAAGCAUGGACAAAGGAUAUGUAUUUGAAUCAAAUAUACAUGUAACAAAUUGUGUGAUGAUAAGUAUGAGUAUUCGUUUGAAUGUAUUGAGUAUGUUGAGUAUGUUGAGUAUAUUGAGUAUUUGAGUAUGUUGAGUAUUUGAGUAUAUUGAGUAUGUUGAGUAUUUGAGUAUAUUGAGUAUAUUGAGUAUAUUGAGUAUGUUGAGUAUAUUGAGUAUGUUGAGUAUUUGAGUAUAUUGAGUAUUUGAGUAUGUUGAGUAUGUUGAAUGUAUUGAGUAUGUUGAGUAUAUUGAGUAUGUUGAGUAUUUGAAUUGUAAAUGACGGUAUGAUAGAAAGAUAGUGCUGAUGAAUGUUCUUUACAACAAAAUAAAGUAUGUUGUAACAAUA